GAAAUAACCUUGCGCGUGCGCGAUCCGCCAUUGUGUGUUUUGGCGCGCGCAUCAACGCAGCCAGGAGGGGAGAGAGAAGCGCAGGGCGCUGAGGGGAAGCAGCGACGAAGCGGGGCAUACAGACACAAAAUACUGCGGGGGUGAACCGAGGGCAUUGGGCUUCUGAGUGGCCGUUGGCGAGGAGAUUGAGCUCAACGUUUUCACCUUUAGAUCAUCUGUGUCUUGACAACCACCUGGACUGAACCAUCAGCAAGAGUGUGGGUUAUCCCUCCUACCACCAGAGGGCGCCUCUCUAAGCGGUUGAGCAGAGCACUUGGCAGCCAUGGGAAAGAAGAACCAGCGCCGCCCCGAGGACGACCAGUCUUCGUCGGAGGAGGAGGAGUACGUGGUGGAGAAGGUGCUGGACAGGAGGAUGGUGAAGGGCCGAGUAGAGUACUUCCUCAAGUGGAAAGGCUUCACAGAUAAACACAACACCUGGGAGCCAGAGAAGAACCUGGACUGCCCCGAGCUGAUCUCAGAGUUCAUGAAGACCUACAAGAAGCCCAGCAGCGCCCCCAGCUCUGCCUCCUCUGGGGGGCGCUCCAAGGACCCCACCAAGAGGAAAAACUCCUCAGACGAGGAGGAGGAGGAAGAGGAGGGAGGCAGCAAGGCCAAGAGGAAGAAGGAGGAUGACAUCCUCAUUGCGCGGGGCUUUGAGCGAGGGCUCGAGCCGGAGAAGAUCAUCGGGGCGACCGACUCCUGCGGUGACCUCAUGUUCCUCAUGAAAUGGAAGGACUCUGACGAAGCAGACCUGGUGCUGGCGAAGGAAGCCAAUCAGAAGUGUCCACAGAUCGUCAUCGCGUUUUAUGAGGAGCGCCUGACCUGGCACGAAGACGGAGAGAAGAAGGAGAAGGGCAGCGUGAGCGUGUGAGCGCUGUGUGGGAGGGGCCGGGGGGAGCCCGCCGCCUCCACUCAGAGACAGACCCUUACCACCACUUCGCUUCCUGCUUCCUGUCCCUUCCUGCAAAAACACCCCAACCAACCAGCUGUGGACGGCUCUGCCUACUUCAUGACCCCUCCCUGCAUUACCCCCCUCCCCCCCCCCCGCCCCCGCCCCCGCCCCAAAGCUGCCCACCUAUGUACAGCCAAAUCUCAGCCGUCAGCUUCCUGGGCCCAUUUUUAUAAAGAAACUGAAACAAAAUGGAAGAGAAGAAGAGGAGAGAGGAAGGGGUGGAGUGAGAUGGACUUUAUCGAUGUGUUAUUUUUAUUUUUCGUUUUUUUUUUUCGGUUUUUUUUUUUCAUUUUUUAAAAUCCUGUUUUGUCUUCUGUGCUUUUGUGGUAAACACAUGAGGUGAGAUGAUGAUCUGGUAAGUUUUUAAAGUGCAUCAGUUUGUGUUGAUAAACUAGUUGAUGAACUGUUCCUCAGUGCAGGUACAGAGCAUGCCCCCCCCCCCCCAACUGCUUUACUGUUCUACUCAGUUGUUUCUCCCAAAAGCAGAGAGCUCGCCAUUUAGAUCCCCCCCCCCCUCUCGAUUUACACCCGUUCUUGGAGUUAAUCAAUCAUGCAAACACAACCCCUUAUGAAAAUGAUAAUCGUGUCUGGAGAGGGCGUGCAGAACUGUUGUGAUUGGUCAGUGUUUUACAGGUGAGCCCUGACCUGUGCUGCGAUUGGUCGGCCCUGAGCUCUGUAGAGUUCCUGAUGUCUUCACAACACAGUAUUGACACAGUGAGGAGGGAACUUUGGGCUUGCAGUCAACUGUAGGAGCUUUGGGCAAGGAAGAUGCAGGAGCCACUGUGUACUUAUGCUAAAACAAAAUAAGCUUCUGACUGACAGAUGCUCGAUUCUGUUAGCGCAGUCACUUUCAUGAGACUCUUAUUCGCCGUUGUGUCAAGCGGUAGCACUUGAAUGGUAAACACUUUUUUUACAGUUCUGGGUGAUUUGUUCCUUUAAAUGAAAUGGUCUGCCUUGGAGUAGUUUUUACAUGACGUUAUCAUUACAGUUAUUUAAGUGAGCGGACGCUUUUGUCCAAAGUGACUUACAGCUGAUUAGCCUAAGCAAGCGACAAACCCCCCCUGGAACAAUGUAGGGUUAAGGGCCUUGCUCAAAGGCCUGACAGCUGUGGCUACACUGGGGUGUCAACAACAAACCUUCCGGGCCAGUCAAACAACUUCACCACGAUGAUAUGGGCUGCCCCCAUCGGCUCCUGGGCUGGGGGUCUAUUGGUCACCGCUGGGUUGGGGUAAAACCCAGGGGACAGGACAGCCUUUAGGUGUUUGGGGGCAAUUUCAUUCUGGUAGGCAAAAGAGGUUUGAUUUGGAUGCCGAUUAUUGCAAGAAGACUAAAAUGACCGUGCAGAACUUUUAAUGCAAGCCGGCGUUUUCGUCUUUUAAAAAAGAAAAAAAAAAAAGUAUUAUUUUAUUAUUUGAUUGAUCAGAAAUGAUGAUAAGCAACAUGUUUAUUUCCCCUGUAGACAGACCAGCUGGAGUUUGAUUGGUGUCAGGCAGCCCGGAGGAGAAAGUAGCAGGUCCAGACAAGUGCUCAUGUAGUGUUGAUAACAGCUGAACUUCACCUGGAGGAUGAAAAACCUGUCCCUUUCAGUUUUUUUACUUCUUUGUUUUGGAAAAUGAUGUAAAUGCAAUGUAAAUUUUAAUUGGCAGGCUGGAAAGUGGUGAGAUUGUAACAAGCGUGGAGUUUAGUAACGGCGAAAAAGAAAAGUACUAAAGAUGAAAAAACAUGCUUUGACUUCCGGUUGCAAUGUGGAGAAUCGUAACCAGAAUUUUCUCCCGAAAUUCCACUCCGUUUGGUCACAUGACGCUGGUCUGCUUUUGGGAAUGCGUUCCCCCUCAGAUUCCCGCCGACAUGGCCAGAGUCUGCCUGCAGUGUGUGAAUCAGGGUACAGCCUUUCUAAAAGCCUUUCAUUGUCUUUGUUAUUUGUUAUCAGAAAAUGUGAACCGUGAAGGCAGGGGAGGUGGGUACAGUUCAGAGUUGGUGUAACAGAGUGUAAGCAUAUCCUCACACGCACCCACAAAACAAUGGUAUUAAAAUGCUGUCACCCUACCCAUCACCACCCAACACACACACACACACACGCGCGCUCUUUCUUACCUGUGUUAGCAAUUCUGAAGGACCACGGUCCAAAAAGGUCUCCACUAAGACUGACCCAGAGUGUUGCGUUUUGUCAGAACACGGCGGUACGGUAACGCAGGUGAAUGGGGCAGGGUGUCAUGCCCACUAGCGCGUUCGCUGACGCAAAGCCGUGUACCGGCGGAGGCUGGUCGCUGUGGUAACUGAGGAAGACUACACAAACAUUCCAACAGGCACAGUUUUGGACACAUUCGCCUGUUUGAGAGAAGCAUGGCUGGAAGACUUGCCAUAGCCUUUUGCAGAUCUUAAGCCAGCAGAGGAAAGCCCUACUACCUUGCUUUUUGGUUGCAUAUUACUACGAGCGUAGUUCCAUCAUUGGAGCCAUCUACAGUUUAUGCAGCUCCCUAGUAUUCACCUGCACUGUACUUCACUAGCAUAACACUCCAUCUUGUGCUACUCACUAUCGCCCAAAUUGCUUGUGGAAAUUAUUUCAGCUAAUGUGAGUUACCCGAAACGGUGUCCGCAGAACACCUGUGAACCAAAGUUAAACGGUUCUAUGCGCUUGGAUAUCUCAUCUGUUAUUUAAAUUGAAAUGUUUAUUUUUAUUAUUUUUUCUAUUUUUUUUUUUAUAACCUCUUAAAGAAAAGGUUUCACCCUUUUUUCCUCCCCCCGACAGACGCGAGUAAAAUGAUGUCAUCAUGCUCACAAUCUGCUGUUUGCUGUGAUUGACGCCUGUGUCUCAGCCCCCACUCGCAUUGUUCUCACGGGGUGGGCGGGUCGGUGUCCCCGCCCAAACGGUUACCAGGGGGAUCCGUGGCGGGCUCUUCAGGGCAGUGGGCGGGGCGUAGGGCAUUGACAGUAACCAAUGGCAGCGAAUCGCCACUUGCGCAUUGUUUGUUUGGCGCUGGUGGAAUGGAGUUUAAGCAUAUUGUCACGCAUCACCCACUCCUAUGACUGAAACUGUGGGGCUCAUUCCGAUCGCUUAUUUCAACCUGGUGUCCUCCAUCCUCCCCCGACCCACAAAGUGGUUUGAGGUCUGUCAUCUUUAAGGUCAUUCAAUUUUGUUAAAUGUUCCUUCAAGGAGCGAGGAGCUAGGAGGCUCCCCGAAGAUUUCUUGAGCGAGGAAAGCACAUUUCAGAAUGUGUGAAGUGUACAUUACUGCCCGUCUGCCGUGUCUGUCUGUCUGUCUGUCUGUCUGUCGCUAUUGUGGGCGUCAGUGACGUUUGAAGGGGCAAAGACAUUCCAUUUUCCAAAUUCACGUUUUCCCAAAUUUCCCCGUCUUCACCUCAUUUUCUCUCUCGAGGAAGCAAGAGAAUGCAAGGUAAGGAAGAAGGAUGUGAGAAAUAAGCGAUUGGAAAUGGCCCUCUCUCCUUCUCGUUCCCUCUCUCCCUCCAAGGCACAAAGACGCACAGGGUUUUAGGAAUUUACCAGUGGCCACCCGUGAAACCAGGUAUCUGCGGAUUUGUGACCCUGACUGUAAUUCUCUCCUUUUUUGUUGUAUACUUUUCCCUCACACAUCCCCCUUCAACACCUCUAAUAGACAUCUAUUCUUUUUCUUUUUUAAACUUUUAUUAUAUAUGAGUGUGUUCAGAUGUGAUAUAAGUGUUUGUCACCAUAUUGUUGGGAAGGCGCUCUGCGCUUUCAAUUUUGUAUGUCUUGUAUGAAAUUGUAGUAAACCUAGUUUUGAACAUUCUA